AUGGCCGCCCUACCCAGCUACGAAGCAGAAAUGCUCUACAUCGAGCCCUGGCAAGGCAAGAAGGAAGCGCCGUACUACCGCACUAACCCCGAUCCGGGCUUCGAAACCAAAAAUUACGACUGGAUACCAUACAAAGUGGACGUGCAAGAUUGUCGGUCCUGCAGAGAUGACUUCACUCUCGACGACCACGCCUUCACCUUCGUCGACGACGCCGCCGGCGCAGCGCCUGAGCUCCUGCAAGCGAUCCGCGACAUCAACGUCGACAAGAUCGAGAAGCAGUACUAUCCAGCGGUGGAAGCCCUGGUCAAGCGCAAGACGGGUGCGGACAAGGUUAUCAUCUUCAACCAUUCGAUUCGCAAGCGCGAUCCCGCUGAGGGUUUCUUUGGGAGCCCGGGGAAGCAACAGCCUGGGCGGACGGUACGCGCUAUCCGGCGCGCACGCCAGUACGCCGGAGAAGAGGCUGAGGAGCUUCUCAAAGGCCGUUUUAGAAUUAUAAACGUCUGGCGCCCCAUCAACGGCCCCGUACAAGACUGGCCCCUCGCAACCAUGGACGGCAAAUCGCUCCGCGAAGAAAACCUGCACGCGACCGAUCUCUGGAAGAACAGGUGGGAGGAACUGGGGUCGACGUACAAUAUCAGCCACGGUGAAGGCCAGAAGUGGUAUUAUCUGGGGGAGCAACGCACGGAUGAGGCGCUGUUGAUUAAGAUCUAUGAUAGUAAGGCGGAUGUGGCUGCGAAACGCUUUACUCUCUAA